AUGAUAUCAUCGAUUGAAACUCAUUUAAAUUUACCAAAUAAAGAAGCGUAUCUUAAAUUAAUUCAACCAGAACAUAUCGAUCAGUUAUAUCAAUUACUUGAAUCUAAUCGUAAAUAUCUUCAAAAAAAUAUUCCUGGAAUUGAUUCACUUCAAACUCGAGAUGAUCUUGAACGUCGAUGGGGUACAUCAAAAGAAAAUUCGUUACAGUUUGGGCUUUGGCUUAAUAAAAAUCAAUUGAUUGGUCGAUGUCGUUUGACACGAGAUGUUAAUACCUGUUCUGCGGACAUUGGUUAUUGGAUAUCUGAAACUUUUCAAGGACAAGGAUUGAUGACAAGUGCAGUAGAACAAUUAAUAAAAUUUGCAUUUGAAAAAUGGAAUAUCAAACGUAUGGAAAUUCAUUGUGGUGGUAAUAAUCUCAAGUCUCGAGCUAUUCCAGAAAGACUUGGAUUUUCUAAUGAAGGAAUUUCACAAAUGUAUCCACCCAUUCUAUUAAAUGGACAAAUGCUUGAAUCAAUAGUUUAUUCAAAGAAUAAUUCAAUAGAGAAAUGA